AUGGAGUCUCUUCCCUCGGAUAUUGUACAAGAAAUACUUUCUCGGGUUCCAGCUGAAUCUGUUUUAGAGUGCAAAUUAGUUUGUAAAAAAUGGGUAACUCUCAUCCAUGGAAGUAAUUUUGCUAAUAUGCACCUCAGUCGCCAGCUUAAACUUUAUCAUGAUGGCAACGAUGGCAGUGAUAAUUUAGGUUCUAAGGUGGAGGAGCCAUGUCUCUUUUUUGCUUGUCGCAUUGACGACCCUGACGAGUUCAGAACUUUACUUCUCCAUGGAGGACAGGUAGGUGAUAGAGUUGGCGCUGAUGAGAAAUACAUUUACAAUCAAAAUCUGAAAAGGAUCCAUCAUCCUCCUAUGCACCAGGAUCCUAUGUGUAAUCACUUAGUUGGCUCUUGCAAUGGUUUGGUUUGUGCAUUUCAACGCCACCAUUUGGUUGUAGAUCCCAUCUAUAUCUGUAAUCCCCUUACCAGAGAAUAUGCUUAUCUUCCAGAACUAGUUGUAAAGAAGGAAGACGUGAAACCUUAUCGUGUAGUAGAAGGGGAGGUUGACAUGUUGGGAAAUACAUCAUGUGGGUUUGGGUAUCUCAGGUCAACCAGUGAGUACAAGGUUGUUAGAAUCCAUUACCUCAGCUUUAACGAAGGAACUGUCGAAGUAUACACACUUGGCAGUGGUUGUGGGUGGAGAGCGAUAGGUAAAGUUCCCUAUCGACUGAAUACCUCAAGCGGCGGUAUGGGUACCUAUGCAAAUGAUGUCAUUUGUUGGACUUCGUACAACAAAAUUGUGGCCUUUGACUUGGCUAAGGAAGAGUUUCGACUGCUGUCUGUCCCUCCUCGACUGGAAAACCGUGGGAAGGAAGAUAGAUGUGGACUUGUUGCACUGGGAAGGCAUUUGUGUCUUUAUGUGGAUGAUAGAUCACGUGUGGAGAUCUGGUCCUUGAUGGGAAGUAGCGACUCAAAAGAGACCUGGCAUAUGGAGUUCAGUAUAGACUACGAAGCUGUAGUAGUAGAUUCUCGUAAAGAGGAGUUUCGGCCGAUUUUACUUACAAAGGACGGUGGACUUACAUUCUUAUAUGCUGAAUCUGUGCUAUAUUGUUAUGACACCAAAACAAAUAUUUUGAAGAUGGUUUCCAAUGAAGCAUCAGCCGACAAUUUCGAAGUCGUCGAAGCAAUUGCUCACGUGAAUACAUUUGCAUCAUUGCAAGCUAUCGGGGAAAAUUCGAAGAGAUUCACGGUUCAUCCACGUGGUGUCCGUUUAGAUGAGUUGGACCGAGUUGAUCUGAGUGAGAAAAUUGAUACUACCCGUUUCAGCUUCAAGCGAUCAGCAUCGUGA